AUGGUCUACCUGAGAAACCUGGCAGUCUCUGACUUCCUGCUCUGCCUCUGCCUUCCCCUCCGCAUCAUCAACUACAUCAGCAGCUCUGUCACCUUCCGCCUGGUUUACUGCAACAUUGCCGUCUCCGGAUUGUACCUCAACAUGUACGCCAGCAUCCUGUUCAUGGGUUACAUCGCUGCUAACAGGUAUCUGAAGAUCAUCGAUCCUUUAGGAAAUCACUUCCUGCGGACAGUUCAGGCUGCCCGCAUCAUCUCCACAGUAACCUGGGUUUUCCUGCUGGCCCCAGUGAUCUCGUUUGUCAGCAUGUCACUCCUCACACAGGAAGCUCCGACUGUUGUCCCUGACAGUUGUGAAUGCUUGCACAGCUCCCAGGUCCAUGUAUUCUACAAAAUCAUCCACAUCUCCUCCUGCAUCACCUUCCUGUUUGUCCUGGUCUCUCUGGUCUUCUUCUACCACAGCGCCUCCCGCAGUGUGUUGCAGGCACAGCAGAGACAGCUGGCAUCCUCCAGCUACAAGAAGCUCAGGAGGUCACGCAGGAAAAUGUUGGUGCUGGUCAGCGUCUUCUGCGUUUGUUUUGUGCCUUACCACCUGGUUCGCCUUCCCUACAUCUUCCUAUACAGGCAGUGCUCUUUGAGCAAAGUGUUUUACUACCUGAAGGAGCUGAGCGUCCUGCUGUCAGUUCUUAAUGUCUGCCUGGAUCCGGUUGUCUACUUCUUCUUCUCUAAGGCGUUCCGGGCGCAGCUGACCAUCCACAUUGCAAAGAGGGGAAAUGAAGGGCAGCCGAGAGCCACCAAAAAGCCUCCAGAGACAAAAAUGGAUGUGACCUCAUCAUCCAACCAGUCCUCAGCUAACACCCAGAGCCAAGUCAACAGUCAAUGUGAACACAUUGAUAAAUCAGGCCACCUCUUCUUUGCACUGGCCUACAGUCUGGUGUUUGUGGUGGGUUUGGUCCUCAACGGCUUCACCCUGUCAAUUCUCACCCUGAAGGUUUACUUCUGCUCAGCUCAGCGGCAGGUGUCCAGCAUCAUGAUGGUCUACCUGAAGAACCUGGCGGCCUCUGACUUUCUGCUCUGCCUCUGCCUCCCCUUCUAUAUAGCCAACUCCGUCAGCAGCUCCGUCACUCUCCGCCUGGUCCACUGCAUCUUUGCCUCCUGCGCCUUUUACCUCAACAUGUACGCCAGCAUCCUGUUCAUGGGUUACAUUGCUGCUGACAGGUAUUUUAAAAUCAUCCAUCCUUUAAGAAAUCACAUCCUGCGGACAGUGAAGGCUGCCCGCAUCAUCUCCACGGUAACCUGGAUUUUCUUCUCGGCCCUUAUGACCUCCUACAUCACCCUGUGGCACCUCACCAAGCCAGAAUUGACCUUCGUCCCUGACAAAUUCGGCUCCGCCGCCACCUUCCUGUUUGUCCUUGUCUGCAUGAUCUUCUUCUACUACAGCGCCUCCCGCAGUGUGUUGCAGGCACAGCAGAGGAAGCCGCAAUCCUCCAGCUGCAAGAAGCUCAUGAGGUCAAACAGGAAAAUGUUGGUGCUGGUCAGCGUCUUCUGUGUUUGUUUUGUACCUUACCACCUCUCUAUCAUUCCCUAUGCCUUACUGAGGAAGUAUUGCUCCUUACGCCUGGUGUUGCACUACCUGAUUGAAGGGACCAUCUUACUGUCAGUCUUCAAUGUCUGUCUGGAUCCGGUCAUCUACUUCUUCAGCUGUAAGGCCUUUCGGACUAAUCUGAACCUGAAGCAGAUGUUCAGCAGGAACAAAACCUCCACAAACAUGGGUGACCUGGUAGGAGUGGGAGUGACCUCAGUUACCAACCAGACCGCUGAUGAUGAUAUCAAUCAAUGUGAUCAGACAGACACAAAGGCUCACCUCUUCUUCAUGGUGGUCUACACUCUGGUGUUUGUAGUGGGUUUGGUCCUCAACAGUCUCACCCUGAAGGUUUACUUCUGCUCAGCUCAGCAGCAGGUGUCCAGCAUCAUGAUGGUCUACCUGAGAAACCUGGCAGUCUCUGACUUCCUGCUCUGCCUCUGCCUUCCCCUCCGCAUCAUCAACUACAUCAGCAGCUCCAUCACCUUCCGCCUGGUUUACUGCAAUUUUGCCAUCUUCGGAUUACACCUCAACAUGUACGCCAGCAUCCUGUUCAUGGGUUACAUCGCUGCUAACAGGUAUCUGAAGAUCAUUGACCCUUUAGGAAAUCACUUCCUGCGGACAGUUCAGGCUGCCCGCAUCAUCUCCACGGUAACCUGGGUUUUCCUGCUGGCCCCAGUGAUCUCAUACGCCACCCUGUCACUCCUCACACAGAAAGCUCUGACUGUUGUCCCUGAUGGGUGUGAAACAUUGCAGAAUGCUCAAGUCACUAUGUUCUACACAGUCAUCGACAUCUCCUCCUGCAUCACCUUCCUGGUCGUCCUCGUCUCUCUGAUCUUCUUCUACCACAGCGCCUCCCGCAGUGUGUUGCAGGCACAGCAGAGGCAGCUGGCAUCCUCCAGCUGCAAGAAGCUCAGGAGGUCACGCAGGAAAAUGUUGGUGCUGGUCAGCGUGUUCUGCAUUUGUUUUGUGCCUUACCACCUGGUUCGCCUUCCCUACAUCUUCCUACACAGGCAGUGCUCUUUGAGCAAAGUGUUUUACUACCUGAAGGAGGUGACUGUCCUGCUGUCAGUUCUUAAUGUCUGCCUGGAUCCGUUCAUCUACUUCAUGUUCUCUAAGGCGUUCCGGUCCCAGUUGAGCCUUUCACCCUAA